AUGUUACUGAGUCAGGAGACCAGGAGGCAGCACCUGCAUUCGGACAUCAACGCCGGGAAGCACAACUACUGCAGAAAUCUUCACUACAGACGUCGUCCGUGGUGUUAUGUUUGGAAAAACCUGCAACUGGUGUGGGAAUACUGCGAUAUGCCGCUUUGCAAUUUCAAGCCACCUCCACCUGCGGCUCCACCUGUGGCUCCACCUGCGGCUCCACCUGUCCCCACCCAGCCAGAGCACGUUGCAGAGAUGACGACAUGUGGCCAGCGCACCAGAAGAAAGCAGCUGAAGAUCGUUGGCGGAACAGUUGCCACUGUGGAAUCCCACCCGUGGAUCGCUGCCAUAUUUUGGCGCCCUAAAUCCAGAGAGAAAGUUUUCCGCUGCGGGGGCAGUCUGAUCUCCGCCUGCUGGGUCCUCACAGCCGCCCACUGCUUCCCCGACGGAAAUAACACCAAAGCAGAGCGCUUCACCGUCACCCUGGGGAAAAACGCCCUGAACGAGAGCAACCCGAGCGUGGAGCAAAAGUUCAGGGUGGAAAAAAUCUUCAUCCACGAAGGGUUUGAUAACACCGAGGGGAACUUCAACAACGAUAUUGCUCUGGUGAAGCUGAAGACCAAACUUGGUAAAUGUGCUAAGGAGAGCAGCACUGUGAGGACGGUCUGCCUGCCGCCACCUCAGCAGAGCCUGCAGCCAGGAUUCACCUGUGACAUUGCCGGAUACGGGAAAGAAAGUCACGCUUUGUGGUACAGGUCUCAAUACCUAAAAGAGGCUCAGGUGAACCUCCUCGCCGACAGCGUGUGCCGAGGGAAGGAUUAUUACGAUGACAUGAUUACUGAUAACAUGUUUUGUGCCGCUCGUCCCGACUGGAGUCAGGAUGCCUGCGAGGUAUUUGCACACGUCUGGUCUCGACUUUGA